CUCGGGGUUGGCUCGGGAGUAGCGCCGCCGCCUGAGCCGCCGCGGCCGCCGCCUCUAGCCACGCAUGGCCAUGGCGUCCCCUGCCAUCGGGCAGCGUCGGUACCCUUUACUCUUGGACCCCGAACCUCCACGCUAUCUGCAGAGGCUGGGCAGCCUGGAGCCGCCGCCGCCCCCUGGCCGGUCCUCGCGCCGCUGUGUCCCCGCGCCCCUCUCCACUGCGCCCGGGGCGCACGACGGGCGCGGCACCCGGAGGGCUGCCCGGGGGAACCUGGAGCCCCAAGUUGGGACCUCCCGACCCCCUCGCCCUCUCCGGCCUGGUCGGCAGCAGAGACUGCGGCGGCGGCCUGGGGCGCCCAGACCCCGCGACGUGCGGAGCAUCUUCGAGCAGCCGCAGGAUCCCCGCGUCCCGGCGGAGAGAGGCGAGGGGCACUGCUUCGCCGAAUUAGAGCUGCGGGGCGGGCCCGGCUGGUGUGACCUGUGCGGACAAGAGGUGCUGCGGCAGGCGCUGCGCUGCGCUAACUGUAAGUUCACCUGCCACCCAGAGUGCCGCAGCCUGAUCCAGCUGGACUGCAGUCAGCAGGAAGGCCCAGCCCGGGACAGACCCUCUCCAGAAAGCACCCUCACGCCCGCCUUCCACCAGAAUGUCUCUAAGCCUGUGGAGGAGACGCGGCAGCCGCCCACGCUGCAGGAAAUCAAACAGAAGAUCGACAGCUACAACACCCGGGAGAAGAACUGCCUGGGCAUGAAGCUGAGUGAAGACGGCACGUACACGGGUUUCAUCAAAGUGCAUUUGAAAUUGCGGCGGCCGGUGACAGUGCCAGCUGGGAUCCGGCCCCCGUCCAUCUAUGACGCCAUCAAGGAUGUCAACCUGGCAGCCACCACAGACAAGCGGACCUCCUUCUACCUGCCCCUCGAUGCCGUCAAGCAGCUGCACAUCAGUAGCACCACCACGGUCAGCGAGGUCAUCCAGGGGCUGCUCAAGAAGUUCAUGGUCGUGGACAAUCCCCACAAGUUUGCACUUUUUAAGCGGAUGCACCAGGAUGGGCAAGUGCUCUUCCAGAAACUCUCCGUGGCCGACUGCCCCCUCUACCUGCGCUUACUUGCUGGCCCUGACACUGAUGUCCUCAGCUUUGUGCUAAAGGAGAAUGAAACAGGAGAGGUGGAGUGGGAUGCCUUCUCCAUCCCUGAGCUCCAGAACUUCCUAACGAUACUGGAAAAGGAGGAGCAGGACAAAAUCCAGCAAGUGCAGAAGAAGUAUGACAAGUUUAGGCAGAAACUGGAGGAGGCCUUAAGAGAAUCCCAGGGCAAACCUGGGUAACCGGUCCUGCUUCCUCCCCUCCUCACACCCUCGGGUUUAUUUUUAUUAUUAUUAUUCUUUUGCAACGGACACUUUUUCUCAGGGCGCCCCUGGCAGGUGCGUGCGCGCUCGCCCCACAGCUCCAGAUGUGGCACAAAAUCCCCCCUCCCCCCAUGGACAGCUGUCUGUGCGGGCUUCCUUCCUGCCUGCCUCACCCCGUCCCGCCCCGCCCUCCCCAGAUCCCACCAGGGAGGGGAUCAGGACUCCUGUAAAGAGAACAACUGUCCUCCUCUCGACGACCUGCAGGCCUUUUACAAACCAAAUAGCUGUCCGUGCGGGGUUCCUUCCUGCCCGCCGUGCCCUGCCCACCUUCUCCAGACUCCACCACGGGAUCAGGGCUCCUGUAAAGAGAACAGCUGCCAUCCUCUCUCGACCCAAAGGCCUUUCACAAACCAAACAGCUGCCUCUCUCACCUCCAAACCGGAACCUGCCACACCAGCCAGCAAAGGAAGACAGAGGCGUUCCAGUCGCGUGUUCCUUCUCGGGCCUUUACUCUUUCUUCAAUCUCUCUUACUUGCCGCCCACAGCAACCUUUAUUUAUGAGUCAGAAGUUGCAGCGUAUUCAUUUCGUGUGUCUGAGCUUAGCCCUGAAAGCAGGAUAAUGCUCAUAAAAGGAUGGUUUCCUUACUGCCCCAGGUGUCCAUUGUCCAUGCUGAAGGGAAGGUCAUAAAGCCACUGGCCCCAGACAUUCAGGGAAGGAGCACCAAAGCUGAGGUUGGCACAGAGUCCAGAGAAGCUGCAGCCAGAGCCUGUGCCCAUAUAAGCCCAGAGGCCUGUGUCUGUGUAGCUGUGGUACCUGUUGACAUCUCUGUCAGGUACUCUGUCAGCAACUCUGGUUGCUUUUAAGUUACAAAAUUGAAUUUAAUACUGUCGUCAUUCUCGCGUUUGCCACCAAAGGGAAACCAGCCAUUUACCAUUUUUCAAGUCUCCUGCUGAGUAAGGAGAUCAGGCAGAGAAAGCCAAAACCUGUCAAAGCUGGCUUCAGCCUCCCCCAGAUGGAGAGCAGAGGAGGGCCUGGGCCAUGGACCACCUCCCCCAGCGUGCCUCCAGCACCGCCUCCCUCCUCCCACAGGGACCUGGGUGCUCUGGUGCUGCCAGAGGAGCUGCCUUGAUUAAAGGAAGGGGACCCUCCACCUCGGCCAGUGUGUAGUCCUUUCUGUUCUGAAGCCCAGCCCAGCCCAGCCCAGCCCACGGCACUGCAUUCAGCCUGGUCUGAGAACGGAAAGAGAACCCAUGGACCUGGCCUCCCCUUUGACCUCAGUGCCUUUUUGUUUUCAGAGAGAGGAGCAGGGCAUGUUUGCUUGAGCUCUGCUGCUGGCCUGCUCCUGCCAGGAAAUGGACAGCCAGCAGGUGGGAGCAAGCCAGGAGGGCCCUCACCCCAAGGCAGGCUGAGGCGCACAGGCCUUCCCAUCCAAGUUCCUGGGCUUUGACUCCUAAGAAGUGAAAGUCACACCAUGUUGACAGGCACCUGAUUCCUGACUGUGCAGUUGUACUGGCUCCAUGUUUAGGUUCAAACUUAAAAAUAAAUGAACCAAACCAUUCAAGCAAGUGGCCAAGACUUCGACGACACUCCAAGGUAGAGAGAGAGAGGGCUUUUCUUUUUCAAAGCGGGGCUGAUUUUCCAGUCCAGCCUGUGAGAGACCAUGUCUUUGCUGUCCUCUGCCUUCAAGUCCCUUUCGGGUUGGCUCAAGCCUCAGCUUCCAUGUCCAGCCUCAAAUGUUCCCUCCCUGACCGUUGCUGAGUCCACACAACCCCUGAUCACAGAAGGAAUGCUGACUGUGUGCAGUCUUCAGAGCUGCGAAUGAAAGGCAAGCUGGCAACUCUAAAUAAGAUCUUUAAGUCACAGAGACCCUGGUUAUUGCCACCUCAUGCUCAGCCUUAUCACGUCCCUUCCUUCAAAAGCUCUGUCUCCCUGCUGCCCUGAAGGAAGUGGACGGAGCUGUUUCUCCUUCAUCCUGCAUGUCUCUAGGCGUUACUGGAAGGCAUGGCCCUGCUGCAAGUGCUGCGAAUGCUGCUGAGAACCUCCCUCCAAUGGGGACGGCUAUUUUAUUUUUGAGAAAGAAAAAGUUACAUGUGUGUGUAUAUACAUAAAGGUAUAUAGCUAUAUAUUAAGACAUAAGGGUGUUUAUGAAAUAAGACAAUUAUGGGAAAAGUCAGAUUUUAUCUAAAGCACAGUUAGACCCAGGACCUGUGCUGAGGUCUGAGCCUUCACGAAGAAUCUCUGUGUGAAGAACCCCUUCCCUCCCAGAGGCGGGCCUAGCUGCUAGUAGUGCCUUUGACUGUUGUGUUGCUCAGUGAUUGUUUUGAGGAUACUUUUUUUAAAGUGUCUUUCUUACAUGGGUUUCAAAAAAAGUAAUAAAAUCUCGUUGCAAAAAUGAUUUGUACUGGAA